AUGGUGAUUCUGAUGCAGACAAUGCAUAGGGAGGGAAGGAUCAGACACCAAGCGCUGAACCAAGUGAGGUUUUACUACGAGAAGUCGCCGCAUUACGAAAUGGGGUAUCUGAUGGGCGAAAUCAUUGAGAGAUACAGAAAAAUGGUGAACCACGCCCGCCGCCGGCACACGUGGAGAAGCACCCACGUGCACUGGUUGGUCAAGAGAAUACAGACGAUACAGCACUUGUACUUCGAAAUCGUCCACCUUUGCGGUAUGAUGCACGAGAUUCAGCUCAAAUACAGGUCGGUGAUGGAGUUCGCCGACAUGACGUCUAAAGUACCGUAUUACAAAAUGCAAGAGAUGCAGCACAAAAUAAGGCAGGAACUGAAAAAGAAGGAGUUGGAAAGGCAGAAGGCGCAGAAGAAGAUUCUGAAGAACAGAAUAAAGGCAGCGAAGAAGGAAGGCUACUGGGAGAAGUUCGUUCUGCCCCCCAAGAAGAAAGGCCCGUGGCCUCAUGACUACGGCUGGGAUAUUGGCGAGUUCUUCUGGUGA